AUGUUUCGUUUAGGUGCUUCCCAAGUUGCCCGCUCUGCCGGUGCACAAGCUAGAAAUUAUGCUACUUUACGUGAAAUUGAAAUGCGUCUUAAGUCCAUUAAGAAUAUUGAAAAGAUCACCAAGACCAUGAAGAUUGUCGCCUCUACCAGAUUGAACAAGGCCCAAAGAGCCAUGACUGCUUCAAGAGUUUUUAACAAGUCUGACUCCGAGUUCUACCACAACACUGAACCAGAAUCCACCGACGAUUCUAAGACUUUACUUGUCGUUGUUUCCUCUGAUAAGGGUUUAUGUGGUUCUAUCCACUCCCAAAUUUCAAAGGCCGCUAGAAGAAGAUUCGAAGAAUUAAAGGGUAACGCUGAUCUUGUCACUGUUGGUGAAAAGGUCAAGGCACAAUUGUUAAGAACUCACGCUGACAACUUGAAGUUAUCUUUCUCUGGUGUCGGUAAGGAAGCACCAAACUUUUACGAAGUUUCCUUAAUUGCUGAUGAAAUCAACAAGUUAGGCCAAUACGAAAACAUUGAAAUCUUAUACAAUAAGUUCGUUUCCGGUGUUUCUUUCGAACCAAGUCAAUUCUCAGUUUUCGCUGCUGAUGCCAUUGAAAAGGCUCCAGGUUUGUCCAAGUACGAAUUAGAAGGUGAAGACACUGCUACCACCUUGUCUGAAUUUUCAUUGGCCAACUCCAUCUUGUCUGCUAUGGCUGAAGGUUACGCUUCUGAAAUCUCUGCCAGAAGAAACGCUAUGGACAAUGCUUCCAAGAACGCCGGUGAUAUGAUUAACUCUUACACCAUCUUGUAUAACAGAUCCAGACAAGCUGUCAUUACCAACGAAUUGGUUGAUAUUAUUACUGGUGCUUCAUCAUUAGAUUAG